AUGGCCUGCACUGAGCUCCUGCAGCAGCCCCAGCUUAUGUCCAAAGAAGCCACCGCCUCUAACACCGCGGGCCCUGCUGGGGGUCAUCGCAGCUCCACGGAUGGCAACCUGGAAUGCCUGGUGUGCCGGGAGCCCUAUAGCACUGCCCGGCUGCCCAAGCUGCUGGGCUGCCAGCACACCUUCUGUGCCGUCUGCCUGAAGCUGCUGCUGUGCGUGCAGGACGACACCUGGUCCAUCAUCUGCCCACUGUGCCGCAAGGUCACUGCCGUCCCCGGGGGCCUCAUCUGCAGCCUGCGUGACCAGGAGGCCGUGCUGAGACAGCUGGCCUGGCCGGGCCCGGAGGUGCGGCUCUGUCCUCAGGGGCUGGUGAAUCCUGUUACCCUGAUAGCAGGGCAUCCCAGCUUAGCAGGAGAGGAUGAACAGGACAUGGAGAGUGCCAACUGCGUGGCAGCCCGGCGCCUGGCGGCACACCUGUUCCUACUGGUCUUGCUCAUCGUCCUCAUCCUGCCCUUCAUCUACCCAGGCAUCAUCUGGUGGAUGCUCAGCUUCAUCGUCGCACUGGUCCUGCUGUUGUCCAUGCUUUUCUGCUGUCACCGCAGCAGCCAGGGCAGCUGCUGGUCCUCCCCCAGGACUGUCUUCUGCAGAGAGCAGAAACCCAGCGAGAUCUCUUCCAUUGCCUGA